AAGUGUGUCGUAUAGCAUACGUACCAUGAGAAUCAAUGUUGCACCACUUCCUGUGCAUUUGCAUAGAAGCAUUUUCACAGGGAAGGACAGUAGCUGACAGAGGUGGCAACUGCAAACUUGAGAAGCAGUCUCAGGCUCAUUUUCAGCUCUCCUCAAAGGCAGCAAGUCCCAGGGCAGCUGCAAAGAGAGCCGAUUCAGCUGCGGAGGGACCAGGACCAUGUGGGCGCUCCCUCUUUGGCUCUGGAUUCUCUUCCCCGGACAACCACAUCCUGCGCACAUUCACGAUUACCAUGGAGCACCUGACCAAGGCCGAUGCUGGCACCUACCUGUGCGGGGUGCUGAUUGCUUUCUCGAGUGAUCUCAGGCACGCUGUGGAGGUGACUGUGUCCCCAGUGCUGUCAUCCAUGGAGCCCCCAGUUUCUACUGAGUUCACAGCAUCCAUUUUCACCUGGAGAAUUUCUACAGAGAGCCAAGUCAGCAGUUUCCCUGCUGUACACAACAUGUCCCAAAGCUCCCAGGACAGCCACGUCCACUUCCUGCUCCUGGUUGGCCUGAAGGUGCCCGUGUUCCUGUGCAUGGUCUGCGCUGUGGUGUGGGUGAGCGUGUGCUACAGGGGCAGCUCCAACGAUUAGAUGCCACAGACAUGCUCAUGACCUGCCUCCCUUGUAGAUCCAGGAAGGACUGGGACCACCACAACGAUGACACCUCCAUCUGUCCUGUGUUCUGCACCUCUAAUGUACCAGGCCUGAUUGCCCUCUCCCUUACACUGGAGUGAAUCUGGAGUGAAAUUACUGGAGUCACCCUGGGAAGAGCCCUUUCCCACUGAGCCAAAUCCAGCGCCCUUGAGAGCAGAGUGAGGCCCAGACUCUCCAUGGUUCUCCAUGGAUAGAAAACAUGUCACCCAGGGAGCAGUUGGAGGCUGUUCCUAUGAGAGAAGCGUGUUCCUGGCCUCUGGAAGUGGAUGUGUUUGGGAGGGCCUCAAUGCCUUCUGCACAGAGAACAUGACAAUAAAAAACCAUCUCUUUUCCUUG